AUGUACAGAGUAGCUGGUUUAGUUGCUCUAUUGGCAUUAUAUAUACAGGCUAUUGAAUUUGAAGAAGGUGACAAUAUUAAUGUACCAUCGACUCUUUACAUAAAAGUGGGAGCCAACGCAACCAUCGGUCUUCCGGUGAGCGCAAACUACCGUCGAGAAAUUCGAACUUGCACAACAACAUGUAAUUAUGAUGAACAAUUAUAUAGAGUCUGUAAUGGAAAGAACAAGAAGACUUGUGGAUAUUGGGAGAGUGUCAAGACAAAGAAGAAAGUUGCAUCGGGAAAAACAACCUACAACAAGAACAAGAAGUCGUUGAUCAUUAGGAAUAUGAAGGAAUCGGACUUCGGAAAAUAUAUGACUGGAAACAAGAAGAAGUCAAGAUAUGUUGAGCAACUUGUGUCGUUUGGAAAAUAA